CUCCGUGGAGUGUGGAGCCAAGAGAGACGAAUAAGAGGACCGCGCUUCAUUGCAGCUAGGAGCAUUGACAGAGAUAACGAGUCUGAAAAGGAAGGUUGUGAGGCAUACAUAAGAGUGAGAGACAUUCGUUGCGGCCUCAUCUUCCUCUUCCAAACACACACUCACAGAUUCAUUCAACAUGACGACCGCAAUCCUACCGCAGGGCGCGGGCUAUGGCGUCGUCAUCGGCAUGGGCCUGUUCUUCAGCGCCUUCAUCGUGCUCAUCACCAAGAUCCAGACUCGCUACACACGGUGGAAGCCAACGUCGGCAGAAGAGUUCAACUCCGCCUCGCGCAGCAUUCCGCCUGGACUCAUCGCAGCUGGCAUCGUGUCGGCAUGGACGUGGGCGGCUACCCUCCUUCAAUCCUCGGCCACGGCGUACAAGUUCGGAAUCUCGGGCCCAUGGUGGUACGCGGCGGGCGCAACGGUACAGGUUCUUCUCUUCGCGAUGCUCGCGGCCAAGCUCAAGCUCAAUGCGCCGUACUGUCACACGUACCUUGAGAUCAUCCAUGCUCGCUGGGGCAAAGCAGUGCACAUUGUCUUCCUCUUCUUUGGGCUUGCGACCAAUAUCAUUGUCUCGACCAUGCUCAUCCUCGGAGGCAGUGCCACCGUUACCGACCUUACAGGCAUGAGCACGGUCGCCGCGUGUUUCCUCAUCCCCGCUGGCGUCGCCAUCUACGUCCUCAUCGGAGGCAUGCGUGCCACACUCAUCGCCGACUUCACCCACACCCUUGUGUUGUACUGCAUCCUGGCUGCCUUCGCGCUGGUCGUGUAUGCCAAGAGCGACCUCAUUGGGUCACCGCGGCGUAUGUGGGAGCUGCUUCACAUCGCUGCGCAGAACCAUCCCAUCGCCGACAACGCGCAGGGCAGCUACCUCACUCUGCGAAGCAAGAGCGGCAUCAUAUUUGGCGCCAUGAACGUCAUCGGCAACUUUGCAACUGUUUUCAACGAUCAGGCUUACUGGCAGCGCGCCAUCGCAUCGCGCCCCGAGACGAGUGUCAAGGCGUUCCUUUGGGGAGGUCUUGCCUGGUUCGCCAUUCCUUGCACCAUUGCCACCUCGCUCGGUCUCGCCGCCGUGGUUCUCGCCUGGGGCCCUGAGCAGCUCAUCACCCUCACCUCUGCCGAGGUCGGCGCCGGCCUGCCGGCUGUCAAGGCCGUAGGCGCGCUCAUGGGCAAGAGCGGUGCUACUGCCAUGCUUAUUCUUCUCUUCCUUGCUGUCACUUCCGCCGCGAGCGCCGAGGAGAUUGCCGUGUCCAGUCUUCUCACGUACGAUGUCUACGGGACAUACAUCAACAAGCGCCCGACAGAGCGUCAGAUCCUUAUUGCUUCGCACUGCGCAAUCGUUGGAUACGCAAUCUUCAUGGGCGCCAUUGCCACCGGAUUCCACUACAUCGGCAUCAGCAUGGGUUAUCUUUACCAGCUAAUGGGGUGCAUCAUCGGCUCCGCCGUGGUUCCCGUGGCUAGCUGCGUGAGCUGGCGCCGUGCGAACGGUACCGCAGCGGUACUGGGCGCGGUGCUCGGCUUCGCUGCGGGAGUAGCCGGCUGGCUAGGACUUACGGCGCAUCUCUACGGCACAAUCAACGUCGAGACCACCUACACCGAUUACCCGAUGCUUACGGGCAACCUGCUCUCUAUCGGAGUUGGUGCUAUCGUCACCGUCAUCGGCUCACUUAUCUGGCCCGCCAGUUUCGACUGGGAGGUGACGCGCGCCAUUAACGCCGACGCAGGCCGCAAAGCUCAGGCUCUGAACGCAACCUCAGUGUCGGAGCACAGCUCGGUGACAGACGUGCCCCUCCCCUCGCCGGGCGAGAAGAAGGACAGCGUCGAGAGUGUGGUCGUGGACGCAGAGGCUAGGGACAUUGGCGACACAGAGGCGCAGGACCACAGCGACGACGCGUCGCUGCGCAAGGCAUUCCGCAUGGCUGCGUACUGGGCCAUCAGCCUCACAUUCAUCCUCAUUAUCGUGGUGCCCUUGCCGCAGUUCUUCGCGUCGUACAUCUACUCAGAAGCUGGCUUCACCGCGUGGGUGUGCAUCGUGCUGGUGUGGCUGUUCGCGGGCAUGAUUGCUGUGGGCCUCUACCCACUCUACGAGGCACGCGCAGGCCUCGCCAGUGUUUGUCGCGGAAUCUACCGCGACUUGAGGAGGAAGUAGAGUUUGCAGGGAAUGACUGUGGGAACUGGGACGGAGCGGACGGGGACCGAGGAGGCCGUAUGGUCUAGAGAUAUGGACACGCAGUGAGUUGUAGGGUCAUGUACGUCACGCAUUGGCUGGUGGGAUCUAGUACGAUGCGGGUUUGAAUUGAUGACUGACGCGA